UUGGUCCCGCUAGGGUUAGUGCAGGCGACUAUCAAGCAAGAGAAGAGGAGCCAUGGCGGCGGAGGGAGCCGGGGCGGAGAAAACUGUUUUGUUGAAAAGCUCCGACGGAUUGGAUUUCGUGGUGUCUGAUCUGGAGGCAAGUCAGUCCAUGACCAUCAAAGACGAGAUCGAGUUCAUGCUCGAAGACGAGAAGGUAUUCGGUGUCAAGUCCUCAGCUAUCCAUCUUGGCGUCAAAAGCAAUAUUCUAUCCAAAGUGAUUGAGUACUUUAGAGGAUCUCAAGCCUCGGGCGGCGACCCCCGCUGGGGUGCGAAGUUCAUUGAUGUCGACCACGAGACCCUCUGCGAUCUCAUACUGGCUUCACACGAACUUCAAAUCCCAGGGCUCCUUGAACUAGCCUGCCAUACUAUUGCCAAUAUGAUCAAGGGGAAAUUGCCCCACGAGAUUCGUAAGAUCUUCAAUAUCAGGAGUGGUUCCACAAAACUACAAGAUGCAGAUGAUGUUGAUGAAUUGUGUGUUACCAUGGGUAUGGUCACUGCGUUUGAUUUUGAGGCUCAUGCGAACCGUGACAUCAUAUUUGAGGAGAAGGUGUUGAAGGCUCUUAACAUAGUUCGCUGCCAAGAAUUCUCUGAAUAUGACCCUAAGCUCAAUGAUAUUAUGUGUACCCGGUUUUGCUCGUACAACAUUGCCUUCUUUGACCUUGAUGAAGAGUCUAGGCUUGGUCGUGGGCACCAACUUCACGAGAUACCAUCACCACAAUGCAAGUUGAUGGAGGAGUCCUCCACCAAUGUCAUUUCCUUGAAGAUAUGUAAAUCUGAUGUAGGCUUCCCGAUCAACGUAUUUGGUACUAUCAUUGCAAGAGAUGAACUUGACUAUAAAUGUGUCUAUCUGUUUAAACGUGAAAGUGAUGAUCCCCAGUUUAUCACCUCACCGGAUGACACUUUAAGUUUGAGAGACUCAUGUCGAGGGCUUGUUUCAUCGGAUAUAAUUCAUUUUGAGAUCAAUUUAAAGAUUAAGACUGAUGCAGGCGCAAUUAAAGAUUUUAGCAAAGGCCUUCUAGUUUUCAAUAGUGAUCGUCUCACCAAGGGUCAGCAAUCCUCGAGGUGUUAUCUAACUAGUUGGCUGAGUGACGUGGAAUUAGCAUGUGCCCAUGUUCUACAUCCCGUGGAAGCCACCAUUGCAAUUAAUUUAUUGAAGGGACAGUGUUGUAUAUCAAGAGUGGAAGCUUGGACUACGAGAAAUAGUGAGGAUCAUCUAAUUUUGUAUGAUAAUAAAUCAGCUGGAACUCAGAUGAUAGCUGGUGAUGGUGGCUCAGUUCCGUUAACGCGUUCUGUGGUAGCUGUUCCGUCCGAUGAAAAGGUGGUGCUAUCUCUUGUUGCAAAUGGCGAAACUGAACCCAUUGUCCUCACGCUGGGAGUCAGUGAUGAAGUGCAUGCUUGCAAGAUGGGCUGCGGUGAACUGCAGGUGAAAAUUUCUUGGACAGCUGUGCCCAAACGAAAGAGAUAUCAUAAUUGGGAGGUCGUUGGAGAUGUGAUCCUGUUAGUGUGAUUGUAAAACGCUGUAAUUUAAUUUUCAGAUUUGUGUAUCUCUAUUUGGCUUCUAAUUAGUGAAGUGCUCUGUCA